AUGAAAGCACAGAACCAGGGAUUCGGCUCGAGCUUUCGAGGUGUGGGAGUGGUUUGGUUUAUCCUUUUUAUUUCUGUGUCUUUGUUCCGUGCAACAUGGAGAUGGUGUUCAAAAGGGAGUGUGACGAUUGAGACAAGAAGUACACCGAGAUCGUCGAUAAUCAAUACCAGGAGAAUUCCGAGCAGGAGAUCAACUGCACUCAGGAUAGAUUAUGAACUGGCACGCGCCUCCUUCUGUGGCACAUUCAUCAACCAACUUUGGAUACCUUGGCGCUAG